AUGCAGGGCAGCCCCGCGGCACGGACUCUGCUGCCCGCGCUGCUGCUGCUGCUGCUGGCUGGCAGGAGCGGCGGGGUCCGGGCGCAGCAGCCGCCCCCGCCGGGCAGCCCCGCGUUCUCCUAUCCCUCGGCACUGGGACCCCAGGAAGACGCCUCCAUCGUGGUGGCCAACCGAGGGCUGCGCGUCCCCUUCGGCCGCUCUGUCUGGCUGGACCCGCUGAGCGACCUGGUGCUGCAGGUGCAGCCGGGGGACCGCUGCCACCUGCGCGUCUUGGACGACGACCCCCUGUGGCUGCGCCCGGGCCGCCUGAUCCCGCAGCGCUUCCCUUGCGACUUCGCCCCCGGGGAGGUGACGUACUGGCACCUGGGCUCCCGCAGCCCGUCCCGGGACCGGGUCCGCCUGCAGCUGCGCUACGACUCGCCCAGCCGCGCCGUGGUGCUGCCCCUGGCGCUGGAGGUGGAGGUGCUCUUCGCCCAGCUGGAGAUCGUCACCCGCAACCUGCCCCUCACCGUGGAGAGCCUGCUGGGCACCAGCAACGCCUUGGACGGCCGCAGCCUGGAGUUCGCCUUCCAGCCGGGCAGCCAGCGCUGCAGGGUGGGCGCCCUGCCGGGGCUGGGCGGGCUGCCCCGCUACGGGGAGCUCCUCGGUCAGCCGGCUGCCCCGUGGCAUCCGUCGGCGGCCGGCGCCCCGUCGCCCUCGGUCUGGUGGGAGUGCGAGGAGUUCCUGCGGGUGGGGCUGCGCUACCGGCACUCGGCGGCCGGCCGCUCCCCGAACCGAGACUCGCUGCCCCUGGUGGUGGAGCUGCGGGAGGCGGCGGGCGCCGGGGCGUUGCUGAAGCGGGAGCAUUUCCAGGUGCUGGUGCGGAUCCGGGCCGGCACCGAGAACACGCCGCCCCGGCCCAGCUUCGUGGCCAUGCUGAUGAUGGAGGUGGACCAGUUCGUGCUCACUGCCCUCACCCCGGACAUGCUGGCGGCCGAGGACGCCGAGUCCGCCCCGGACCUGCUGCUCUUCAACAUCACCUCCCCCUUUGGGCCAGGCCAGGGCCAUGUGGUCAGCACCGACGACCGCAGCCUGCCCAUCGCCUAUUUCAGCCAGCGGGACGUGCGGGAGCUGAGGGUCGCCUACCAACCGCCUGCAGAGGACUCGGCCAGGGAGCGGCUCUUCGAGCUGGAGCUGGAGGUGCUGGAUCCCGAGGGCGCUGCCUCCGAGCCCUUCGCCUUCAUGAUCGUGGUGAAGCCCAUGAACACGCUGGCACCCGUGGUGACCCGCAACACAGGCCUGGUGCUCUACGAGGGGCAGUCGCGGCCGCUCUCCAGCCCGGGCCCCAGCCCCAGCCUGCUCAUCAGCGACGAGGAUGACCUGGAGCAGGUGCGGGUCAGCGUGCUGGCAGGGCUGCGGCACGGGCACCUGGCCCUGCUGGAGGAGCCCCAGGCCGGGGAGCCCCAGGCCCGCAAGCACUUCACGGUGGACGAACUGGCAGCUGGCCGCAUCAUUUACCAGCACGACGGCAGCGAGUCCCCGCUCAGUGACAACCUGGUGCUGCGGCUGGAGGAUGGUGGCGCCCGGCACCAUGUCGAGUUUCUCUUCCCCAUUACCCUGGUGCCCACCGAUGACCAGCCACCCCUGCUCAACGCCAACACGGGGCUGUCCUUGGCCGAGGGCGACAUAGCCCCCAUCCCUGCCCGUGCCCUCAGCGCCACUGACAUCGACUCGGACGAUGCUACGCUGCGCUUUGUGCUGGAGUCUGGCCCUGCUGCAGGGCAGCUGCUGCUCCGUCAGGCCCAGCCGUCCCUGGGCUGGGACGGUGAGAACGGGGGCUCCCCCUGGAGGAGGGUGCUGGGCUUGCCUGGGGACCCACCAAUGUACGAGAGGCUGGUGAGUGAGUGGCUGCAGCAGGACAUCGUGGAGGGGCGGCUCUUCUACAGGCACCUCGGGCCCCACAGCCCUGGCCCCAGGGUGGUGCUGGACCAGUUUGUCUUUAGGGUCCAGGAUGACAACGACCCACCCAACCGCUCUGGGCCCCAGAGCUUUAUGGUCCGGGUGCACCCAGUGGACCGCCUGGCCCCGGUGCUUCAUGGUGGCAGCAGCCUGCGCCUGGUGGUGGCUGAGCAGCAGGUGACCCCACUGCGGAGGAAGCACCUGCGCUACACAGAUCAGGACUCUGGGGACCGGGAGAUCCACUACACCAUCACCCAGCCCCCCACUGACACAGACUCCAACCACCCUGGGGGGGCCAAGGGCACCCGCCUGGGAUUCCUGGUGUUGACCGAUGACCACUCAGUGGAGGUGAUGCACUUCAGCCAGGCCCAGAUCAACCACCACAAGAUCUCUUACCGGCCCCCACAGCAGGAGCUGGGAGUGGCUCCCCGCCUGGCCCAGUUCCAGUACCGGGUGGAGGAUGCAGCUGGUAAUGCUGCCCAAGGCACCUUCACCAUUUACCUGCAGCCCAUAGACAACCAGCCCCCUGAGAUCACCAACAGCGGCUUUACUGUGCAUGAGGGGGCCAGGCAUGUGCUGGGCCUGGCUGAGCUGGACGCCAGCGACACUGACACUGAGCCCACUCACCUCCAGUUCACCCUGACCCAGGCUCCCCAGCAUGGACAGUUGCAGCUCUCUGGGCAUAGCCUGGCCAUGGGAGCAGCCUUUGGCUUGGAGGACAUUAAACAUGGUAGGGUGGUCUAUGUGCACAGUGGUACUGAGUCUCACAGUGAUGCCUGCAGCCUGGAUGUGAGUGAUGGGGUCCAUGUGGUGCCCAUCACACUGAAGGUGACUGUGCACCCUGUGGAUGAUGAGGUGCCCACCUUACGGCUGCCCCCAGGGACACUUGGCUCCUACUUGGACGUGCUGGAGAAUGGUGCUGCUGAGAUCACCACUAACGUCAUCCAGGGCACGGAUGAGGAUACAGAUGAUCUGAUGCUGACUUUCAUUGUGGAGGACCCUCCCCAACAUGGGGACAUCCUGGUCCAGGGGGUGCCUGCAGAGAGGUUUUCCCAGAGAGACCUGCUGGAUGGGGCUGUGGUAUAUGCUCACACGGGUGGUGAAAUAGGGCUGCUGCCCAAAGAAGAUACCUUUAACCUCACUUUGUCUGACCUGUCUGAAGAGUGGAGCAUUGGGGGCAAUGUUGUUCGUGGAGUUUCAGUGCUGGUGACAAUCCUUCCUGUUGACAGUCAAGCCCCUGAGGUUUUUGUGGGGGAACACUUAAUGGUAGUGGAGGGUGACAAAAGGGUCAUUACACAUGCCCACUUAAGGACUGAAGAUGUGGAUACACCUAGUGAUGAUAUUCUGUGCACCAUAGUUGCACAGCCCACCUCUGGUUAUGUAGAGAACAUCUCUCCAGCCCUAGGAUCUGAAAAAUCCAGAGCAGGUACAGCUAUAAGUGCCUUUACUUUGAAAGACGUCAGGCAAGGGCACAUUUAUUACGUUCAAAGCAUCCAUAAGGGUGUGGAGCCUGUUGAAGACAGGUUCACUUUCCGUUGCUCUGAUGGCAUUAACUUUUCUGAAAGGCACUUCUUCCCCAUUGUCAUUAUCCCAACCAAUGACGAAGAGCCUGAAAUCUUUAUGCGAGAGUUUGUAGUGAUGGAAGGCAUGAGCCUGGUUAUCGAUACUCCCAUCCUCAAUGCAGCAGAUGGGGACAUCCCUGCUGAUGAACUGACCUUCACUAUCACUAAGUUUCCCACGCAUGGCCACCUUGUGAACCAGCUGAUCAAUGGAACAGUCUUGGUGGAGAGCUUCACCCUGGCUCAGAUAACUGAGAGCUCCAGCAUUAUCUAUGAACAUGAUGACUCUGAAACAAAGGAAGACAGCUUUGAGGUGAAACUCACAGAUGGUAAACAUGCUGUAGAGAAAACUGUGCUAAUCAUGGUUAUUCCUGUAGAUGAUGAGACACCCAGAAUGACCAUCAACGAUGGGCUGGAAAUUGAAAUAGGGGAGACUAAAAUCAUCCACAACAGAAUACUGAAGGCUACUGAUCUAGAUUCUGAAGACAAAACCUUGACUUACAUUAUAAGGUAUGGUCCAGGACAAGGCCUCUUACAAAGAAUAAAGCUUUCAGGUGGGGUUGAGAAUAUCACACUGGGAAUGAACUUUACCCAAGAUGAAGUGGACAGAAACUUAAUUCAGUACAUGCAUUUUGGCCAAGAAGGUAUUCGGGAUCUUAUCAAAUUUGAUGUGACAGAUGGGAUAAAUCCUCUCAUUGACCGAUAUUUUUAUGUGACCAUAGGUAGCAUUGAUAUUGUCUUCCCAGAUGUGAUCAGCAAAGGGGUGUCCUUGAAGGAAGGGGGAAAAGUUACACUUACCACUGAUUUACUGAGCACCAGUGACUUGAAUAGCCCAGAUGAAAACUUGGUUUUCAGUAUUACCCGGGCACCUGUUCGUGGCCAUCUCGAAUGUACGGAUCAGUCUGGGGUGCCCAUCAAAACCUUCACUCAGCUCCAGUUAGCAGGCAAUAAAAUCUACUACAUUCACACUUCAGAAGAUGAGGUGAAAAUGGACAGCUUUGAGUUUGAAGUGACUGAUGGUUAUAACCCAGUAUUUCGCACUUUCCGAAUUUCCAUUAGUGAUGUGGAUAAUAAAAAGCCAGUGGUCACAAUCCAUAACCUGCUGGUAUGUGAAAGUGAAAAUAAACUGAUAACCCCCUUUGAACUGACAGUGGAAGACAGAGACACCCCUGAUAUGUUGCUUAAAUUUAUUAUCACCCAAGUGCCAGUUCAUGGUCAGCUCAUGUUCAAUAACACCAAGCCGGUUACAUCCUUUACCAAACAAGAUCUGAAUGAAAAUCUUAUAAGCUACAAGCAUGAUGGCACAGAGUCAGCUGAAGACAGCUUCUCUUUCACUGUUACAGAUGGGACACAUACUGAUUUCUAUGUCUUCCCUGACACUGUGUUUGAAACAAGGAAUCCCCAAACAAUGAACAUUCUGAUAAUGGCUGUGGACAAUAGUGUACCCCAAAUUGUAGUAAAUAAGGGUGCCCCUUCUCUCCGUGUUUUGACCACUGGCCACUUGGGUUUUAUGAUUACCAACAAGGUAUUCAAAGUGGAAGACAGGGACAGCUUGCACGUUACCCUCAAGAUCACGAUCACAGAGGCUCCUCACCAUGGCUUCCUGAUCCACCUGGGAAAAGGCAACCAUAGUAUCACUCAGUUCACACAAGCUGAUAUUGAUGACAUGAAGAUAUGCUAUGUUUUAAGAGAAGGUGAAAAUGCCACAAGUGACCUUUUCCAUUUUACUGUUGAAGAUGGUGGAGGCAAUAAGCUGAAGAGCCAGCAUUUUCGUUUGAACUGGGCCUGGAUCUCUUUAGAGAAGGAAUAUUAUUUGGUAAAUGAAGACUCUAAAUAUCUAGAUGUUGUUCUUAAGCGGAGAGGUUACCUGGGAGAAACCUCUUUUAUUAGUAUUAGCACUAAAGAUGGUACUGCUGAGAAGGAUAAAGACUUCAAAGGAAAAGCCCAGAAGCAGGUGCAAUUCAAUCCUGGCCAAACCUUAGCUACCUGGAGAGUGCGGAUUUUGAGUGAUGGUGAACAUGAGCAGUCUGAGACCUUCCAAAUUGUGCUUUCUGAGCCUGUCAUGGCUGUCCUAGAGUUUCCUGAAGUGGCUACAGUGGAAAUUAUUGACCCAGGAGAUGAAUCAACGGUUUUUAUUUCUCAAUCCACCUACACAAUUGAAGAAGACGUUGGAGAACUGUUCAUUCCUGUCAGAAGAAGUGGAGAUGUCAGCCAGGAAUUGAUGGUGAUUUGCUAUACACAGCAAGGAACAGCAACUGGUACUGUCCCAACGUCUGUGCUGUCCUACUCGGACUAUAUAUCCAGGCCCGAGGACCAUAACAGCAUUCUCCGCUUUGACAAAGAUGAACGAGAGAAAAUGUGCCGCAUUGUCAUCAUAGACGAUUCCCUGUAUGAAGAAGCUGAAACGUUUGAUGUUCUGUUGAGCAUGCCUAUGGGUGGAAGAAUUGGUUCAGAAUUCCCAGGGACUCAGGUUACUAUUGUGCCUGACAAAGAUGAUGAACCAGCCUUCUACUUUGGAGAUGUCGAAUACUAUGUUGAUGAGAGUGCUGGCUUUGUUGAGGUGCAUGUCUGGAGAACUGGAACUGAUUUGUCCAAAGCUGCCACUGUUACAGUAAGGUCUCGCAAAACUGAGCCAAUAACUGCAGAGGCUGGGGUAGAUUAUGUAGGCAUCAGUCGUAAUUUGGAUUUUGCCCCUGGAGUCAACAUGCAGACUUUCCGUGUGAUCAUUCUGGAUGACCUUGGACAGCCAGUAUUAGAAGGAAUUGAGAAGUUUGAGCUUGUGCUGCGAAUGCCCAUGAAUGCUAUCCUUGGAGAACCAAGCAAAGCCACCAUCUUCAUCAAUGACUCAGUCUCUGAUUUGCCUAAGAUGCAGUUUAAAGAACCUAUGUACAUUGGCAAUGAAAAUGAUGGACAGAUUUCUGCCAUGAUAUAUAGGAGCGGGGAUAUCCGCUACACAUCUACAGUGCGCUGUUAUAGUCGGCAGGGUUCAGCCCAGGUAAUGAUGGACUUUGAAGAACGUCCUAACAUUGACGAUUCCAUCAUCACUUUCCUUCCUGGUGAGACUGAGAAACCUUGCACCCUCAUGCUUGUGGACGACUCUCUCCACGAAGAAGAGGAAGAGCUGCGUCUGGUUCUUGGCACUCCAAGAAGUGAUUCCUCCUACGGUGCUUCUAUUGGUGAACAAAAUGAAACCCUGAUAAGGAUCAGAGAUCAUGCAGACAAGGCCAUUAUUAAGUUUGGUGAGACCAAAUUUAGUGUCAGUGAACCAAAAGAUGUAGGACAGCUGGUUGUUGUAAAAAUUCCAGUGCUUCGUCUGGGAGACACUUCAAAGGUUUCCAUUGUGAGGGUUCACACAAAGGAUGGCUCUGCCACCUCUGGAGAAGACUAUCACCCCAUGUCAGAAGAAAUUGAGUUUAAGGAGGGUGAAACACAGCACAUUGUGGAGAUUGAGGUUCUUUUUGACGGCGUUAGGGAGAUGAGAGAGGCCUUCACUGUUCACCUGAAGCCUGAUGAGAACAUGGUGGCAGAGAUACAGACAGCCAAGGCCAUUGUGUACAUUGAAGAAAUGAACAGCAUGGCAGAUGUCACCUUUCCUUCAGUCCCUCAGGUUGCUUCUCUUUUGAUAUAUGAUGAUACUUCUAGAGCCAAAGACAGAACCGGUCCAGUUGCUGGCUACCCUGUUGUCUGUAUCACUGCUUGCAAUCCUAAAUAUACAGACUACGACAAGACAGGUUCAAUAUGCGCCAGCGAGAAUAUCAAUAACACGCUGACUCGAUACCGAUGGCUGGUUAGUGCCCCUACUGGUCCUGACGGUGUGACCAGUCCCAUGAGAGAGGUUGACUUUGAUACAUUCUUCACUUCCUCCAAGAUAAUCACACUGGACUCCAUUUACUUUCAAGCUGGCUCUCGGGUCCAGUGUGCAGCUCGUGCUGUAAAUUCGGAUGGGAAUGAAGGCCUAGAGCUCAUGAGUCCUAUUGUAACAAUAAGCACCGAGGAGGGUCUUUGCCAGCCCCGGGUGCCAGGUGUGGUUGGAGCAGAGCCAUUCUCGGCCAAGCUGCGCUACACUGGCCCGGAAGAUCCAGACUAUGCUAAUCUCAUCAAACUGACCAUCACAAUGCCUCAUAUUGAUGGCAUGUUACCUGUUAUCUCCACAAGAGAGCUGUCCAACUUUGAGCUAACCCUCAGCCCUGAUGGAACUAGGGUGGGAAAUCAUAAAUGCUCCAACCUGUUGGAUUACACAGAAGUGAAGACUCACCAUGGUUUUUUGACUGAUGCUACCAAAAAUCCAGAUGUGAUUGGAGAGACCAUUCCCUACCAACACAGUGUAUCAAUCAGGGGUCCCAGUACUUUACGCUUCUACCGAAAUCUGAACCUGGAGGCCUGUUUAUGGGAGUUUGUCAGCUAUUAUGACAUGUCUGAGCUCCUCACUGAUUGUGGAGGCACCAUUGGGACAGAUGGACAGGUCCUCAAUCUAGUGCAGUCCUAUGUGACCUUGCGAGUCCCCUUGUAUGUCUCCUAUGUUUUCCAUUCGCCUGUGGGUGUAGGUGGCUGGCAGCAUUUUGACCUACAGUCUGAACUUCGGCUGACUUUUGUGUAUGACACUGCCAUCUUGUGGAAGGAUGGAAUUGGCAGCCCACCUGAAGCAGAGCUCCAAGGUUCUCUCUACCCAACCAGUAUGCGCAUCAGUGAAGAAGGGCGUUUGGUUGUCAACUUCAAGACUGAAGCCCGAUUUCAUGGUUUAUUUGUGAUGUCUCAUUCUGCUUCCUCUCUGAGCUCCAUGGUUAUGUCAGCUGAUCACCCAGGCCUGACAUUUAGCCUCAGCCUCGUGCGGAGUGAACCAACGUACAACCAACCAAUACAGCAGUGGAGCUUUGUUUCAGAUUUUGCGGUACGAGACUAUUCUGGAACAUACACCGUGAAGCUGAUAGCUUGUACCACAGUACCUCACCAAGAGUACAGUGUGCCAGUGAUCUGUAAUCCUAGAGAGCCAAUCACAUUUGACCUCGAUAUCCGAUUUCAACAGGUCAGCGACCCAGUGGCUGCUGAGUUCAGCCUGAAUACCCAGAUGUUCCUCCUCUCUAAGAAGACUCUCUGGUUAUCUGAUGGCUCGAUGGGAUUUGGGCAGGAGAGCGAUGUUGCUUUCACAGAAGGUGAUAUUAUAUAUGGUCGUGUGAUGGUGGAUCCAGUACAGAACCUGGGUGAUUCCUUUUACUGUAGCAUUGAGAAGGUUUUCCUGUGCACUGGAGCAGAUGGAUAUGUACCCAAGUAUAGUCCACCAAAUGCAGAAUAUGGCUGUCUAGCUGAUUCUCCAUCCCUCUUAUAUAGAUUUAAGAUUGUGGACAAAGCUCAACCAGAGACACAAGCCACAAGCUUUGGAAAUGUGCUUUUUAAUGCAAGACUAGCAAUAGAUGAUCCUGAGGCAAUUCCUUUAGUCAAGCAACCUGGCUCGGAUGGAUUUAAAGUAGACUCAACACCACUGUUUCAGGUGUCUUUGGGUAGAGAAUGGUACAUACAUACAAUCUACACUGUGAGAUCAAAAGAAAGUGCCAACCGAGGUAUUGGCAAAAGAAGUGUGGAGUACCAAUAUCACUCUCUGGUCAGUGGUGGGAAUCCAGGAACUUCAAUGCAGAUACGUCAGAAGAGAGGGGUCAAAGAAGCUCCAGAGCUUGCUAAAGCAAUUGGCAUAGAAAACAGCAGAGGAACUAACAUUCAGCACAUAGCUUUGGAUCGCACCAACAAGAAACAGUUCCCACAAAGAGAAGUUACAGUCAAUGGAAUUCUCCCCAGGGAGCUGAAUAACAGGAACCCAGAGGUCAACAUAGUCACGAUCAUUGGCGGAGCUGCUGCUGUUUUACUUGCCAUCGGUUUAAUUGCAAUUAUUAUUUUGCUGUUAAAGCAUAAGCAGAGCUCAGAGAAGAAAGAAGUCGCAAAGGGGUCAGGGAGCAGUGAGCCAAUGAUGCCACCACAUAAUUACACUAGUGACAGCUCUGAGGUUUGAUUCCAAGACCAUGGGAUUUGAACCUGUCUCCAGAGUGCCUCAAAGAUAAACUUGAACUGCUCCUUGUUAGCAGAAGGUCACCAUUAUGCUUGGAAAUUAAAAGAUCGGAUGGCUCUAGCUGUACUUGAAAAUACCGAUUUGAGCUCUUGCUACCAUUCUCACACAUAAAGGAAGAAUCCAACCCAAACCUCCUGUUUUGCACAGUAGGCAAUCCUGAUGUCCGUACAUCAUGCACUAACGUUAAGCUGCAUUGCAAGAAACUGCAUCGCAAGGGAGAGAUUUUUUUGUUUUGUUUUUGUGUUUUCUUUCAAUUAAAAAGAAGAAAUUAUCCAAAGGUGCUAGUGGGCCCCUCUCGGCAAUACAAAAGGAAGUCUCUUAUUACUGUACUCUUGUCUACUUGGAAGGUGCAAUGCUGACACUCUCUGAAUGAUUUCUCACACAGAACUUCCUUGUUGUUGUUGUUAGUCUGUAGAGUGUGAAAAUCCUCUGGCCUGAUUCAUCCCAGUUAGAGUCCUUUGGCUUCAGUUAAGUUACACCAGUGAUGAAUUGUAUCCCUUGCAUUUAACUGACAUUUCUUCCAAAGACAAAUAGAUUAGUCACAACAGAGUUAUAAGCAGGCACAUAUGCCAGGAUACAUUACACAUUCUUCGCUGGGAAUUCACAAUCAGCUAUUUGACCUGACUUUUUUUUCUUCUUCUGUUUUUUUUCCUUAUUUAAGUUUAUAUAAAACCAAAGAAUAUGAUAAUGUCCAAAAGGAAGCUUGAUUUUUACAAACGCUGGAUAGUUGUGUCCUCUUACGCUUAUAAUGGAUUAUAACAAUAUUUGUACAGUAAAUUGUAUUUGUCAGUGCACAUCCAACGGUGGGAAAUGCAUGAGUUGGUAACAUUGCAGUGUCUAGAGGAGGGGUAGUGUUAGAUUCAAAAUGCAGAAGACAAGGUUCUGUCCGAACUGAGGCUAUGAAUUGUGAUGUAGAAUUCAGUGCUUACUAGGCAGUUACCAUAUUACAAGUGGCAACAAUGGGAAGAAAAUACAAACAUUUUAUGGGAGCAAGUUGUAUUUAUUAAGUUGAUGCAUAAUCAUUGUGCCUCUUGAGAAACAUACUGUUUUAUGAGUAACUUCACUUUUGGAAGAAUAAUUCUAGUUUUCUCUGUCUUUUUGGUUAAGGUAAUAUGACAGCAGCAUGUUCUGCAGAAGACUGGAUCAAUGGUGCUUCAUUACAGUGUUUAUCCAGUUAGGGCCUGAUCCACCCAAAAGGUGUCUCUGCAGCUGCUGGCCCACAGAAGCUCUGUCAUCUCCACAGUCUUAGUCAGUUGUCCUUGCUCUGAGAGAGUCUGACCCUCUCUCACACGUGCAUAAAGCAGGAGUAAUUCCAUUGCAGUCAGUGGAGUUAAACCAGUGUCAAAUCAGAAUCAGGCUCUUUGUGCUGUUUCUAGAACAUCCUCUUUCUCUACUAUAGAAUCACAGAGGGACCCAUCUGGACUCUUUUACUCUGGAGUUACACUGAUGUGAGUCCAGUGACUUCAGAAGAGUUACUCUAGAUUCGCACCAGUGACUGAGAUCAGAAACUAACCCACUGAUUCCUUAUGGGUUUAUCUUAAUGGGCUGUAUGAUCUAAAGACAUUUUCAGUGCUCUCAGGGUAUGUCUACACUGCAGUUAGAUACCCACAGCUGGCCCAUGCCCAGCUUACUUAGGCUCGCAGGGCUCAAGCUAAAGGGCUGUUUAAGCCCAAGUCAGCUGGCAUGGGCCAGCCAUGAGCAUCUAAUUGCAGUGUAGACAUACCCUGAGAGCCAAACCCUACCUUUCUCCUGUUUAAAUCAGCCAGAAAGCAUACUGGCCUUCAAAUGUUACCAAACAUUUUUGGCCUGAAACAGUUAUUUACAGAAGCCCAGAAGGCACCCUAUGUAUUAUAACUUUCUCCCACUAAGUCCAC